GACUUGAAUUUACAUGUCAACCUCAAGCGAUUAAUGAAACUCUUCCGCUACUCUCGUCUUGGAUUUGUGCAACUUUGCAGUUAGAAAAUUUGCGUGAAGAAAAUCAAUACCUGAAAAGAACCAUGUCAAAGAUUGAAAAGGAACCAAUAGCGCCACCUUUAAAAGAGAGACGGAGCGCACCGUCUCCAAGGGUGCACUGGACAAGAGAACCUAAGUGUCAAGCACUUAUAGCCCUAGCCCGUCCUACAGCUUGGAGACAGGUGAAGACGGCCCGUGCCAAUCAUGAUGAAGAUUCAAAAGAACAGAAAUCUCCUCCUGAACACGAACCUUACAGACAUUCUACAUCACCUGUCCAACGAACACCACGUUUUUCAACUCAGAAAAUUAAGUAUGAGACUUCUCCAGAGAGGGAAAGGAAGCCUUUAAUCUUUAAGCCGAAGACUACAAUAGCAGUUGCAAGGGGUGAGCCAGCGGGAGAUGAAAUCUCAAAAGCAGUUCAAGAGAUGGAUGCUCCACACAAGCAGAAAAGGAGCCAGAAAGUUGUCAAACAGCUCGUAGCUAAGGAAUUGUUGGAGAGAGUGGAGAAAAAGAAGAAAGAGCGAAAUUGUAACGAACGCGCAAGACGUUAUAAGCGGGCAAUACAAUAUUCUUCCCCGCAUAAAUCAGAAACUCCAUCUGAAAGUGAUAAUGAAGUUGAGGAACACACCACAAUAGACGAAGAGGAAAAGGUUAAAAGAAUCCAAGAAAUUUCUGAGGUUGCUGCCAUUGAAGUUGGAGAAGAUAAGCCUACUAUACCAAUUCCAGAAAAGCAGAAGUGGUUGAGUGAGCAUCCCUAUAUUCCCAUCCCUACUUUGCCAUAUGCAGUGGCAAAGUAUCCACAUCCAGAGACAGCGUUUGAAAAAGUGCACGAGGAGAUUGCAAAUGAAUUUGAUGGCCAACUUCGUGAGGAGCUGAAAAAAUUUGGAAUACCAUCAAACACGAAUGGCAUCAGUGAUACUACUUACAACUCAAUUUCUAGCGCACUGGAUAAGCAGCGAUCAAUGCGUAUGUCUCAAAUUCAUGGUGAUGAGCGAAAAGUAAUGGAGUAUGAGAGAGGCGCUAUUCUCUGGCAUAUGCAGAGAGCUGUACAUGAUCGUGACAUGGAAAUAAUUGAGUCGCAAUUCGACGUCACCACGGCUUCUGGAUCUGAUCACUUCAGUGAUACUAAUGCAUCUGAUGAGAGUGAAGGCGAGUCUGGUAAGAGUAAUUACAAUUCAAGCCGAAGCCACCAAUCUCAAAAAAGCGACGAAUCCGACUCUGAGUUAAACAAGAAAGAUAACGGAUUAGCUGAACGGAUGUCUGGGGCCACGAGUCUCAUGAGAAGCAGCGAACAAUGUAGUGUGCAAAGCAGUAAUAUUGGUGAUAGUCCACGAAGUAGUGAUGUACCAGAGACAACAUUUCCAUAUAAGAAUCAAGCUGUCGAUCGCGUUAAGAAAUCAAUUUUAUCAAAAGUAUGUGGCCCUGGAUCUCCAUCCUAUGGUCUUACGAAAGAUAUUUCCAGAGCUUUUUCAUGGAAGCAAAACCAAGUAAAUAUCACCUACAACAAACAGGAGUCGUUAACACAAGCACAACACAAAAGAUCUACAUCUGAAACCACUGACACCGCUCGGCAGUCUGAAGUAGGGGAAGAAGUAGAAGAGGCACCCGGAUUAGGUGAUUGGGAAAGUGAUGAGGACGCAGUCCCAGUGAGCGUAAAGCACACACGCGUUAAAAUUGAUGACCACAAGGUUGUGUCCGCGUCAAGAGACUCUUUUGUUCGCGACUUAUCACCUCCAAAGGAAAUAUUGGAUCUGCAUCAAUCAAAGUCAACUAUGGCAUCCUACUCCUACAAAUCAACUCUCCCACAAACUAGUCCCAAGUCGUUUACAGCAAAUUCAAGUGAAAACAAUGGGGACUCUUAAUUAAGGUACGAAACUGUGGAAAAUCUAAAUGUAACUCAACUGUUCGCCAAUGUACAAACAGUCCUCUUUCCAGCUUAGGAUGCAGAAACAGACAGUAUGACACAACAAGUCGAGGAACAUCGGACUUGCUUGUGAAGGAAAUUUCCAGAUGUGUAGAGAGACGUGUACCCAAAGGUGAUGAAUUGCUUCUUGCCUUAGCCUGUUUCACAAUCCAUGGUCACCAACCAUUCAUUCCAUUAAUAGCAAAAUUCUCAGUAACGCUUCAAUUGUAGUUUCUAAUUAAUGACGAUAACAUUCCAUACAAUGAGUGAUAUAGCAUUCAGAUUAGCCGGAAGGCUGAGCCGAAGCGGCGCCUCCCAGCACCGUUAUUGUUGACCAAGUCGAUACUCUACUCUAGGCAGAAUCAGGAUUAGGCAUCCUGAUCCUCAAGAGAGACAGUAUUUAGUAACAACACUCCCUCUCGGGCUCUCCCUCUCACUACUACAACAGCUUUGCCAUAGAUCCAACAGCUCCCUCUAACUUUUGUAAAAGGCAAGAAUUUUUGUCUAGAAGUAGUCAGCUUGUAGUAGGCAUAAGCAAGAUGCCUAAUUUCUCUCUCAAUUCAGCUAUUUUGUGAGAUUCUUGGAAGUAGUCAGCUUGUAGUAGGCAUAAGCAAGAUGCCUAAUUUCUCUCUCAAUUCAGCUACUUUGUGAGAUUCUUAGAGUUUGAGUUUGGUCAAGAAAUCUACUUCUCCAUGUGUUAAUAUGUAUUGA